CAUAGGCUUCUCUUUGCUCAGGAAGCUCAGAUCCCACCCUGGGGACUUCUUUGGGUGAGAAGUUGAAAGGUUAGUGUAGAUGAGAUGACUUUCCACAUCUGGCAUCCUCAGGUCCAAGCCCCUAGACAUUGGCCCCAGGCCUGGCUUGGCCAUGGCGCUGUGCCUGAAGCAAGUGUUCUCCAAGGACAAGACGUUCCGACCACGGAAGCGCUUUGAGCCCGGCACACAGCGCUUUGAGCUGUACAAGAAGGCUCAGGCCUCGCUCAAGUCUGGCCUAGACCUGCGCACUGUGGUAAGGCUGCCGCCUGGUGAGAACAUUGACGACUGGAUUGCCGUGCAUGUUGUAGACUUCUUCAACCGCAUCAACCUCAUCUAUGGCACCAUGGCUGAGCACUGCAGUGAGACCAGCUGCCCGGUCAUGGCUGGCGGACCCCGCUAUGAGUACCGCUGGCAGGAUGAACGCCAGUACCGGCGGCCGGCCAAGCUCUCUGCGCCACGCUACAUGGCCUUGCUCAUGGACUGGAUCGAGGGCCUCAUCAACGAUGAGGAGGUCUUUCCCACACGUGUUGGAGUUCCCUUCCCCAAGAACUUCCAGCAGGUCUGCACUAAGAUCCUGACCCGCCUCUUCCGAGUCUUUGUCCAUGUCUACAUCCACCACUUCGACAGCAUCCUCAGCAUGGGGGCGGAGGCUCACGUCAACACCUGCUACAAGCACUUCUACUACUUCAUCCGUGAAUUCAGUCUGGUGGACCAGCGGGAACUGGAACCACUGAAGGAGAUGACAGAGCGGAUGUGUCACUAAGCCCAGGCCUGAACUUCGUUGCCUGUCCUUUGGACCAUCUGAACACAGGGUGGCUGAGGGAGAGGACCCUCAGGAGUCUGGGGGUAGAGGGAUCUGAAGGUCCUGGAAGCCCCCACAUACCCAAACCCUCUAGCCUUCUGCUUCUCGGGAGACUGCCUAUGUGUCCCCCUGACUGCCUGUGAACAGAGAGCAGGAGGGUUCUAGGUGGGCAAACAGA